CGUACUUUUAACAAAUGACGAAUUUUUACAAAUCAAUUACCACUGCGAAAUGGGCAAUUACUAAUUUUUGACUGUAUGUGAUUUUUUGAAAUGAAUUAAAAGUCCGCAGGAGAAAUGGAAUAUAGACAGAAUGGAUCGUGACAAACACACCUUUAUGUUGACGUUGUUGCCAAUGAAUAAGGAACCCAGUACCACGUGACCAGGUGAGGCGUGCGAUAUCGACGUUUUAGGUUUAAAGAGGGAUCAGAAUUAGAUCUACCCUGAUACCUCUUACAAAUCUAAACUACAAGCUGGGUGUUUUAAAUAAUUCACAUUUUUUGGAGAUACGGUGAAAUUACUGCAAAAUGACGAAAGUUGCCGAUGAAAAAUCAGACGAAAAAUCUUCAGACGAGAAGAAAGAGUACAUGGGCGAAGUUCGAAAAUAUGAUCCAAACUUUAAUGGUCCUAUCAAAAACAGAUCAUGCACAGAUGUCAUUUGCUGUUUAUUAUUUCUGAUCUUCAUUGCUGGAAUGGUAGUGUGUUCUGCAAUAGGAUAUGCCCGAGGAAACCCAUACAAGCUCUUAUAUCCUACAGACUCCUCAGGAAAUAUAUGUGGAUAUGAUACAGGAUACACAGGGAAGCCCUAUCUUGUGUACUUUGACAUGUUACAGUGUGCCAAGACAGGCUCAGCAGUCAUUAUUACCGGGUGUCCCACACCUCAGGUCUGUGUGAGUAGCUGUCCGUCAUCGUACUGGCACUAUCUUUAUCAAGAGGCACUGGAAGGUGUUUCAAAAACACAAGCAGACAGAGCCACUGACAUGAUCUGUAAAGGAGGAACUAACACUACAGUGGGUUCUAUAAAAGAUCUGGUCGACGCAGAUGCAUGUGCCAGUUAUUAUGUUAAGUCAACUCCAGUGGUUGGUCGUUGCAUCCCCUCCUUCUUUCUGGAGAUAACAGACUGGGCUCAGAACCUGUAUGUUACUGAUGGCAGUACCGACUUCAAUCUCACCAACUCUGCCGGUGAAGGAAUCACGGGAGAUGCCAUGAACGAGGCUAGCUAUUGGCUGGCUAAAUUUAUGUCGGUCAGUGAAGUUGUGGAGAGGAUCUUCAAGGACGUUGUUGCCUCCUGGUAUCUACUGCUUGUGUUUAUGGGUGCUGCCAUGGUGACAUGUUUUAUCUGGAUUGUUCUGAUGCGAUGGCUGACGGGAAUUAUUGUGUGGUUCAGUAUUUUCGCAGUAUUAGCUGUUUUGUCAUAUGCCUGCUACUACAGUUAUGUUCAGUACUACGAUCUAAAGACAAAGAAUGUGACAGGAGAAUGGGGUUACUCCGAGGCUUUCGCCCUCAACUUCAGCUACUACCUACAGCUCAAAGAAACAUGGCUGGCUUUUGCCUGUGGAACUGCCACAUUUUUGGCCAUAUUUGUCCUGUUGCUGAUCUUCCUCCUUAGCAGAAUUUGUAUUGCUAUUGAGUUGAUCAAAGAAGGAAGCCGAGCCAUUGGAAACAUGAUCUUCACUUUAAUAUGGCCAAUCUUCCCCUUUGCCUUCCAGCUAGUAAUUGUGGGGUACUUUGGACUGAGCUCAGUUUACAUUGCUUCCAUUGGGGACCAGAAGUACUAUACAAAUGGAACCAACACCACUGAUGAUGGGAUCAACUACUAUCUCUCCAGAAUCCCUUGUGAACCUGAUGGCACUACACAAGGCUCCUAUUGUGAUUUUGUGAAAUAUGGAGGAACAGAAUACAUUACAGUGAUGAUGGUUUUCAUGCUGUUUAUGUUUUUCUGGACUAUGAACUUUGUGGUUGCUAUGGGGCAGAUGGUGCUGGCCGGUGCCUUCGCUUCCUAUUAUUGGGCAUUUGAGAAACCCAAAGAUAUCCCAGCAUUCCCUCUGUCAGCAUCACUGUACAGAACAUUCAGAUACCAUUUUGGAUCUUUAGCAUUUGGAUCUCUAAUCAUUGCCAUUAUUCAGAUGAUAAGAGUGGCUUUAGAAUAUAUGGACCAUAAGCUCAAAGGCUCCGAAAAUGUAGUGGCCAAAUUCUUUUUAGCGUGUCUGAAAUGCUGCUUCUGGUGUCUAGAGAAAUUCAUGAGAUUUUUGAACAGAAAUGCAUAUAUAUUGAUUGCUGUUUAUGGCAAAAAUUUCUGCACAGCUGCUAAAGAUGCCUUUUUCCUGAUUCUAAGAAAUAUAGUCAGGGUAGUGGUGUUGGACAAAAUUACAGACUAUGUUUUGUUCCUCAGUAAAUUACUUGUAACGGCAUCAGUGGGUGUGGCUGCCUACUUCUGGUUUCAAGGGAAAGUGCAGUUCUUUGCUGACUAUUUGCCCACCGAUUUGAAUUAUUACAUCACGCCUGUAAUUAUUGUAAUCAUAGGGACCUACCUGAUAUGCUGUUGCUUCUUCAGUGUCUAUGAAAUGGCUGUGGACACUCUCUUCCUUUGUUUCUUGGAGGAUCUUGAAAUGAAUGAUGGAACAGCAGAUAAGCCAUACUUCAUGAGUAAAGGACUGAUGAAUAUUCUGGGUAAGAAGAACCUCAAGCCGGGAGAGAAGAAAAAAUGCUGUGGUUGCUGCUGAGACCUGAACUGUACUCGCACAAACAUCAGCGGAUCCUUUGUGGAGAGGAGAGUUAUAUAACAAUAUAACGGUGUUAUUGUUGGGUUAUUAAUUUUGGUUAUUUGAGAUUACUGUAAAUGUUAUUGGAUAUUUAUUCAAGACAUUUAGAGUACUGUUUGUAUAUUAAAGUUAAAGACAGAGUUGUGACUUAAUUUCAGGGAUGAUGUUGGACAAUCUUAGUAAAAGUUCAUCUAGUUUAUCUUUUUUUAAGGAAACAUUGGCAGGUCUGACUUUUACGUGUAGUUGUUAAAGAUAACUUUUCCCACUAUAUGGUUUUAUUUGAUAGAGUAUGCCUCAGCAAAUACAGAAAAAUUAUCAUUAAUAUUCGGUGAAUAUUGAAUUAUGUUACAUGUAAUGUAAGUUACUUGGAGUAGAUGUUCCUUAUUAUCUGUGAUAUUUGUACAUGUAUUUUAAUUGUAAGUUUUACCGGUAUCGCCCUCCCACGGAAAGGGUCGAUAUGAUAUAGUGUUGCCUUGUUCAUCCAUCCUUCGUUGUUGGUUUAGAGACAAUUCAUCUAUAUUUUUAAGUUUAUUGACACAGAAUUCAUGCUAAUUGUGUAUAUUUGCCUAUAGCUGAGGUCAAGGUUAAAUUAUUCCAGAUAUGAAAAGAAUUAAAGUUCGUUCAGUUAUUAUUUGGAUCAUGGAUUUUGAAAUUUAAACUUUUAAGACAUAUCUGUGAAUAUUUACCGGAAUGAUUCUAAUAUGUAGUAGUGACAAGCUUUAUAUUGAAUUCAAGUAAAUGUUCGUCUGUGGCAUAGUCAUUUAACAGCUAUUGCUUGAUCUUCAGCGGAGGCAUUCAUAUCUUUUCAACAUAUUUAGUUGUUUAUUUUACUGAUUUAUAUAAAAAAAAAAUUAUAUAAAACUAUUUCAAAAAAUGUAGCAGUUAUUUCAACUAUAUGUAUAAUACACAUUUAAUAUUCAACCAUUUCCAAUCAUCCAUUUUUAAAAAAAAAAAUUUUAGUUUUUGCUACUCUUGUCUUCAUUAAUUUUCAUUUUUACAGUCCAUGUAUAUAUGAUUAUGAAUGAAAAUUUCUAUCAGAUACUCAGAGUUUUUCUGGAAAUUAUAUUCUAGCUGCCCAAUUUAAUUUUUUAUCGUAUUUUAUUUUUGUAUAUUUUACAUUGAUAGUAAUGGUCACUGUAUAAUAAUUGAGAGAGGCUAGCUUGCAAACAAGAUACUUGCUGCUUAACUGAGAGAAAAUUAAAAAGUCAAUGCAUAGAAAUAUAGAGUCAAAUUUAAGAAAUUUGAAAAAUACACAAUUAGUACAAAGUAUUAAAAGCCUAUAGUGACAAGGUCUAGUCAAUGAUUAGCACUGUAAACAGAGUUAAGAAUUUGCAGCUUUGUGAAAGCUUUUGUGUGGUAUUUGUAUUGAGGACAGUCGUAUAUGGGGGGGGGGGGGGGGGGGGGGACCUGGUCCAUGUGUACUGUAGACUAAACAUGUAUGGUAUCAAAUCCAUUGAUCAAGUCCCUUGUAAAUAUCUGAGAUUAAAAUGGUAUACUAUAUUUUACUAGUUAUAUAUUUUAUUUAGAUUUUGUUACAUUCAGUAUUGAUAUGUCGGACUUCUAUACUGGGGAUUUUGGUUCCAUGUUAUUUGAAAUUUAACAACCUUUACUACAAACCUUUUUUCAAAAAUGAUGAAAACUAAAAGUAAAAUUUAUUCAAUUUACUGUAUUGAAUGUAAUUUAUUCCUAUAAUUUCUCAAGUAUAUUAUAGGAAGGGGUAAUAUACAUAUAUUUCAAAUUUUGAUCAUCAUAGAAAAUUUACUAGUAUCCUUUACAAAUUUUAAAUUUUUUACUUAUUACAACCAAACUAAGCCAAUAAAUAUAUCAGCCCAAGCAUUGGUAUUUAUUGGGGUUUUUUGUUUUUGUUUUUGGGGGUUUUCUUUCUUGGUUUAUUUGGAGGGGGUUUUUUUGUAUCAAGUGUCAAUAAAUCUGCCCCAAACCAUUUACUUGUCUAAGAUAAUGAGUAAAGAUGAAUUUGCUCACUUUUGAAUUUGCUUAUCAGGAUGAAGACAAAAAUAAAACGGGGGCAAAAAUUUUGUCUUAUACAGUAAUUAAAAUUUUUAAUGAAAUCUGACUGUUAAACAGUGAAUGUACAUAUGAUUUUGAAGUAUCUAUUUUUGUAUAUAUAUACAUGUGUGUGUGUUGACCAUAUUUUCCUGAACUCUGCGGUCUUGGCUGGUCCAAACCACAGGUCCCAUUGUUAUUGUGUAUUGUACCCUAUUUCUGUGUAUGCACAUGCAAUAUUUAAGCUGUUGAAUGAUUGUGCAUUUUAAUGAUUUGCUAAUAGAUGUUAAUUUACCCCAAAUGGUUUUUUUAAAGUGUUAUUCUUGGAUUUCAUCAGCAUAAUAACUUGAAUGACUGUACUUUUAUUUUUGUUCAUGAAUGAUGUUUUAAUUUAUGCAAUGAGUGUCAUAGUAUUUUUCAAAUUCAUCUUUAUUUUUUCUUCUUUUGCUCUCGGUAGUAAUCAAAUUGUACAAAUCCUCAUAUCAUUGACAUCACUGCAAUAUGAUACUAUUAUGGAGAAUAACUGGAAAAAUGUCCAUUGAAGAAAGUGAUGUUAUAAAGAGAGUAUGAAGUCACAUGUACCAUCAGCUAUUCUGUAAUGAGAUGUACCAGUAUGACUGAUGCCUCACCAUCAUCACUGUCUUUGGUAUAAAGAAAUCUACUUUGUCUUUUUAUUUACUUAUUUUUACUGCUAUAUAUAAUUUACUUAUAAGAUACAAAUCGUAAUUGUAGUUUUGUAUCAUUUAUUUCCCUUUCUACAAUAAAAUACAUCCAGACAUCA